GAUGAAUCACCUGUAUUAAUUGCUUCUCAUCCGAACAUUGCAGAAGAAUGAGCAGAAAGAAGCUGGAACAGUAAGAUGCGAAAAUCCAGAGCCUCCCAAGCCAAGCUCCUGCAGAAGACAGAGGGCCUGGCAGCUGAGCUGGAUGCUUCAGGAGCAGAGGAUCUAUCAACAGCAGACCAAGCGUGGGGAGCUGCAGACAAACCUGGACCAGUAACCUGGCUUGCUCUGGGAGCGCCGACGGUACUCAGUGGCCUGGCGGUGGGCAGCAAGGAACGCGCCGCGGCCAUGAGGCAAGAAAUCGACUCAGGCUCGAUCAUUGACACCUGGUAAAGACAAAGACUCAGCUGGGGAAGAGACAGAAUUGGAGACUCCACCUUUCAAGCCCAGACUCUGAGAAAGCUGUCACGGAGAAAAAUACUAUUUGAAAAACAGACGGCAAUACUUUGAAAACAAGAAAAAAGUUCCCAGACGAGGCCUGAAGAAGUGAUGAACUCAACAGAGAUGCAAGAAACAAAGAUGUGGAAACUGGGACUUGAAAAGAGGCGACAUUAACCAAGUCUUAGACCCAAAAGAGCAGUUAGCAAUCAGGAUCUACUAUCUUACCCCCUCUGGGGUGAGGUUGCUUCUACAUGAAAUGCUUGCACCCUCCUAAGAGACUGGGAUGGAUGGUUCCAGAUUGUCAGUUAUGAAGCAGGGAACCUCCCUCUAUGCCUUCUCUUUUACCCAUCUGGCAAACAUUACUGUCCAGUACCUUGGAGAUGUAUCAUGAAACCCUUCUUUUUUCAACUGUGAGCACUUCCAAGUUGUCCCCCACUGUUAUUGCUAAUGACUCACAGGAGUCCUUUUCUUCCUUGAGGAACAAAACCCUGUUAUUGUUUUCUCUUGCUUUUUACUUGCUACAGUCCAGAACCAGUCAGUUAUCCUCCCUCUGAGUUACCUCCCUUGCUACAGUCCAGUAUAUUUCAUGGGAAUAAUGGACAGACACCUUCUAAUUUUCCUUUGAAAUAUUCUUUGAAACCAUCACAGUCUAGAAAAUUAUUUUUGUGGGGUUUUUUUUGUCACCUUUUAAAUAAGAUUCGAUUUGAGAAUCAUCAGCUGAUGACCCAGCAGACGUUCCUGAAGAGAAAUGUCAUUCUCAAGGACAUAUUUUUAGUGUGUGAUGCUCAGACUGAGCUUAUCGCCCUUACCAAAUAAAGAUGUUUGUCGAGGUAGAACAGCAAAGGGAAGUUGAGAGCUAUGACAGAGCAAGAAGGUCGCUUACUACAGCCCCUUCACCUCCAGAGGCAGAGAUGGGAGCUCAAUGAGAUGAGCCUCCCCCUGGGACAGAAUCCACAUGAUUUUGAACUAGGUUUCAAAGCUUUGGUAGCUCAGAGCCCUGUUGACUACUCUUUGAUGCCGAGUUACUUUUAAUCUUUUUGACUUGCCUUGUGUGGAAAUUACUUAUGCUGUCCAUUAUUAUUCCCUUUAGAGAACAAAGGAAGUAAGGAGUGAUCAUGAGGUUUGUGUUGGACCAAUGAAAUGUGAGCGGAAGUGAAGUGUUUCACUUCUUCUUUAUGAACUAGAAUGUACUUCCUCAGGUUCCCUGUCUGCCACCAUGGCAACAGACCAGGUACCAGAUAAUAGAGGUUCCACUAGAGGAAGACAAUAAGGAGCUGAGGAAGGAGAGUGUGGGGCAGAGCUCCAGAGGGUUCACAAAGGACGUGUAGCCUGAGUGGAAAGUAAUCCUUCCCAGUUUUAAGCCGCUGGGAUUGGGGUAGGGGGUGGCGGGAGAACUGGUAUGAAAUCGCCCAACCUUGCCCUACUCAACCAGGUAAGGCUGAGUGAUGCCAUCAUUCCCAUGAUGCAAAUCUGUGCAUGAAGAUGUAAGAGGGUCUAGAACACAGAAAAUCAGAAUGCAGCUCCAUAAGGCAUUCCAAACUCCACACAUCACAACCAUUCUUUCUUCUUGGCUUAUAUGAGGGAUGGGGGAUGUAGCUUAGUACAAAGAAUGAGUAUUUGGUGGCCUCUCAUUUUUGGAACCAUUCUGCAGGUAAGUGCUUGGUGGGAAUCCCCUCGGCCCUACAGUUAAGCCCGUAAUGAAUUAGAUUAUUUUAGGAAGGUCAAUGCAUUAUGACCUCAAACGCAUCAUCCUGUAGUUACGUCCCAUCACCUGUGCAGCCAUCUUUAGUUUCGCUGGAAGCUUUUUAAUCUAGAUCAUUCUCAGCCCUUUACAAGAUCUCUAACUUUAUAAUCCCCACCGUGGCAAGUUGAUGCCUUAAAAAAAAAAGUCACGUUACUGGACAUUUUAAAUUCACAGUGAUAAAAUGAACAGGUGAGCUUCAUGGACUAGCAAGAGAGCUUGUGUGUCCUUGGGUAAGCCAUUUCACAUCUCUGGGCCUCAGUUUCUGCCUCUGUGUGAUGGGGAUAAGAGUCAUCUUGCCCCCACCCAGAGUUAUUAUGGAAAUAGGUCACAUACAAAUAAUGAUCCUGCCUGGAUCAUUAAAAAAGCUAAAUAAGUCUUAACUGUAUCUGACCUGCAGAAUACACAGAAGUUUAGAAAGGAAGCGAGACCCUUUUCUUCCCUAGAAGAGCAAAUUCAGCAAACUCUUUCGUCCUGCACAUGGUGGUUUUCAGGGAAAGACGUAGACUACAGCUCUGCCUCCCUCACAGAGGUCUGAACGCAUGUGGAGACGCAGAUGGGUAGAGAAGCCGGUGUUGUUAACGGUUUAGGAGACUUUUCCAGCUCCCCAGCUGAGGGCAUCCAUCCAGCUGGGAAAAUCCUUAAAGGGCUGGACUCGUUUAUACUUUUUUCCAUCUUAAACACUUGGACUUUUUCAGGUUUAUAACAAAGCUCACAAAAAUGCUAAAGCUUAAAGGAGAAUUGCGAACUGCCAAGGGACUGAAGGAUGAGGCCGGGGAGAGAGACAGAGAAGUGAACAACCUGAACAGCAAGCUCUUGAGCCUGCAGCUCGACAUCAAGAAUCUCCAUGACGUCUGCAAGAGACAAGGGAAGACCUUGCAAGAGAACCAGCUGUGUGUGGAGGAGGCCCUGAUGAACAAGAGCCACAACAAGAAGCAAGCCCAGACGCUAGUCUUCAAGGAGACCCACGUAGACUUCGGGGCCAACAAGCAGUGUCACCUGAGGCAGCUGCAGCAGCUGAAGAAGAAGCUGCUGGCCCUGCAGCAGGAGCUGGAGUUCCGCACCCAGGAGCUGCAGACCUCCUAUUGCUCGCUGCUGCAGUACCAGUCCAUCCUGGAGAAGCAGACCUCCGACCUGGUUCUUCUUCACCAUCACUGCAAGCUCAAGGAAGAUGAGGUCAUUCUCUACGAGGAGGAAAUGGGGAACCAUAAAAAGAACACCGGGGAGAAGCUCCAUCUGGCGCAAGAGCAGCUCGCCUUGGCGGGGGACAAGAUUAUCUCCCUAGAACGGAGCCUAAACCUCUACAGGGACAAGUACCAGACCUCCCUGAGCAACAUCGAGCUGCUGGAAUGUCAAGUGAAGAUGCUGGAGGGAGAACUCAGCGGAAUCAUCGGCCAGGAGCCUGAGAACAAGGGCGACCACUCGAAGGUACGCAUCUACACUUCUCCGUGCAUGAUUCAAGAGCAUCAGGAGACCCUAAAGAGACUGUCUGAAGUUUGGCAAAAGGUUUCUGAGCAGGAUGACCUCAUCCAGGAGCUUCGGAAUAAACUGGCCUGCAGCAACGCUUUGGUUCUAGAGCGUGAGGAGGCUUUGAUAAAAUUACAAGCUGACUUCGCUUCCUACACAGCCACCCACAGGCAUCCCCCUACCUCCUCAGAAGACUGUGAGGACAUCAAAAAGAUCCUGAAGCACCUGCAGGAGCAGAAAGACAGCCAGUGUCUGCACGUGGAGGAGUACCAGAACCUCGUCAAGGACCUGCGCAUGGAGCUGGAAGCCGUGUCAGAGCAGAAGAAGAACAUCAUGAAGGACAUGAUGAAGCUGGAGCUGGAGCUACACGGGCUGCGGGAGGAGGCAUCAGCCCACAUCGAGAGGAAGGACAAGGAGACUGCCCUCCUGCAGCACCGGAUGCAGGACCUGCAGCAGCAGUAUACAGAGACACAGAAGCUGGCCCUGAAGAAGGACAAGUUGCUCCAAGACAAGGACGAGAGGCUGCACGAGCUGGAGAAGAAACUGGCACAUGUGCAGAACACCUUCAUGGAGAAAGAGGCGGAGCUGGAGAAGCUGCAGCGCGCCACGAAAGACCUCGAGGCAAAUCUGCAAGAGGCCAGGCAGGGCACAUCCAAAGUGGAUUGUGAGGCCCUGCGGUCCGAGGUCCAGAAACUGAAGGACACUCUGGAGGAGACCAAAGAGCAAGCAAAGCUGGCGGAUCAGAACCUCGCCCAGUGUAAGGAGGAAGCACAGCAGGCUGGUAGCAACCUAGAGGACGCUCAUCGGAAAAUCGAGAACUGCCUUCUCCUGGACAAGAAGAAGGCGGACGUCAUCAAGGAUCUGCAGGGUCAGCUGCAGAAGCUGCAAGAGGAGGCUGAAGCAGCUGAAAAGGAGAGAGUAGGCAACAGGAAACGUAUAGAGGAGCUAACCUCGGAACUCUACGAGAGCCAGCGGCGGCUGACAAAUUCCGACAAUGAGAAGAUGCUGCUCAAGAAGACGCUAAACGAGAGCGAACAAAGAAUAAGCGACCUGAUGGAAGCCGCCAAAAUCGCUGAGCAAAAGCAAAGAGAGCUAACGAACACCAAGAACAAGCUGGAAGAGGAACUUCAGGAGAUAAAAGGGUUGCUGGAGGAGAAACGGGAACAACUGAAAAGGAGCAAGGAACAGGAAAAGGCCCUGGAGGGAGAAAUUGAGGCUCUGCGACAGGAAGCAAAAAAGAAAGAAAAGAUGGCCAAAGAGCGGGUGAGGAAGCUGGAGGAAGAGAAGGAGAAUCUGCAGACGGAGCUCAGUUCCUGUUCCUCACACCUGGAGUCCACCAUCAACAAAUACAACAACUCCCAGAAAGUCAUCCAGGAGCUCAACGUAGAGAUAGCCCGCCAGAAAGACUCCAUCAUGAUUCUGCAGACACAGCUGGACUCAGCUAUCCAGAAAGAAAAGAACUACCUCCAGAACAUGGUCAGCAAAGAAACCUACGAAGAGGUUUUGCGGAAGUCGGGCGUCUGCCAAGACGACCUGACGCAAGCCCUGGAGAAGCUCACUCAUGCGACCGCUGAGACAAAGAGCCUGCAGCGCAACUUGCAACAGACCCAAGAGAGGAAGGCGCAGCUGGAAGAUGAAAUCAUGGCUUAUGAGGAAAGGAUGAAAAAGCUCAACGUGGAGUUAAAAAAGCUACAGGGCUUCCACCAGCAGAGUGAGCUAGAGGUGCACACCUUUGAUAAGAAACUGGAAGAGAUGAGCAACCAGGUGUUGCAGUGGCAGAAGCAGCAUCAGAGUGACCUCAAGAUGCUGGCCGCUAAGGAGACGCAGCUCCGGGAAUUCCAGGAAGAAAUGGCCACCCUGAAAGAGAACCUCCUUGCGGAUGAGAAGGAGCCAUGCUGCCUGCCCCCGAGGACAAUCAAAGACACCUGCAGGCUCCACUGGGACAAUGACCAGAUUAUGUGCAACAUGGAGCAGUGGGCAAAGGAGCAGAAGAUUGCCAAUGAGAAACUGGGAAACAAGCUGCGAGAACAGGUGAAAUACAUCGCCAAGCUGACCGGAGAAAAGGACCAGCUCCACAAUGUAAUGGUCCACCUGCAGCAGGAAAACAAAAAGCUGAAGAAUGAGAUAGAAGAGAAGAAGUUAAAGACCGGAAACGCGAGGAUCUGUGCCAAAGCCCUCGGCCCCUGCAAACUGGAACCCUCCCAAAGGGGGAAAAUUUGCAACCCACUGGGCUGGAGAGGAAUAGCCCAGGACGUGCCAAAAACAGACAUCACCAAGUACAUCGGGGCGCCCCACUGCUCGGGCUCCUCAUACUGCUAGCCGUGGCUCCUCGCCCUCAGCCCCAUCCCUACACAUUUGCAGAGGACAGCGAGUUCCUGCCCCUCCUUCUUGACCGGUAUCAGCUCCUACAGUCAUCCAUCGAGGCCCCUGUAUGGUUUACAAGACAUUAUUAUUGCUUUACUGAGUUGUCUACUUCCUGCAGUGGAGUGAGUUCGGAUACCCCACUCCCACCUCCAGGCCCAGACUCUGAAAUAAAGACCCAGACCACAAGCUUCCAUGAGCUCCUGGUGUCUCUGCACAGCCCAUCCCCAGCAA